UAACCUCUUAAUUCUUAUACUGUAUUUUGUAUGUAUGCAUAUUACUAUAUCACAGUAUCACUGCUUGUGAACUCUUCACAGUUUCUGCUUUCUGCAUUCAGCCGUUUCACAUUAUACACAACUUGUGUUCUCGCCUGAUAUGUCGAAACCGUUAUUUAUGUAUAUUCUCUGAAAGGAAAGUGUUUCUGGUUGCUGCGAGAGCCGCAUUUAAUGGAAUAUGUCCUCAUUUUUUCGAACAUUACUCCUCUCCAGAACCUCGAAAUUCCUGAUAACCCAGUCUGCCUCCGACUGGCUACUUCAAUCAAACAGAGGAUGUGGAGGAAUCUCAUUCAAGUUCAGCAAGAGGAACUUCAGUGCUGGGGUAUCACGUCAUAAUGAAGCAUCAAACCUUAGCGCUUGCAUGGAUAAUCCCUAUGUAUGCUUUGAUGAUAUGAUAGCCGCUCGCAGAGCUGAAGCAAGUAGGUCAAUUUUAGUCCAAGUCCAGUCUGAAACCUCAUUACCAGAUCUUUACAACUAUUGUUGUAAAUUUGGUAACAUCAAAAUGCUGCAUUAUUAUUCUUGCGGACAAAAUAAUUUCAUACUCAUUGAAUUCAGUGAGACAGAAAGUGUUAAAGCAGUCCUUGAAUUUGGAACACACUUAGAAACAGAACCUGUCAUACCUGUAAGAUCUCCAUUGCUAUGGUUUCGCACAAAUAAAAAAAAAAUAAAAAAUUUAUCAAGAGCAGAUAAUGUUAUAUCCGCUGGAUCCAUUCCGUAUUCAUCACAAAAUCUGCAAAUGCCAGAUAAUGAGGAGCUGCUAAGAUUAUUACGUGACUGUGAAACGGUUUCAGAUCAAAUGAUGACUUUGUAUUUGCAUUCAAAACUGAACGAUAUUGGAUCCAGACUUAGAUUUUUAACUGCACGCCAAAUUGAAUUAAUGCUGUGUGGAGUUUUUCCUCAUAUACAAGCCAUUCCGUUUGGAUCAUCUGUCAAUAGUUACGGAAAACUGGGUUGUGAUCUAGACCUCUCUUUGUUACUUGAUGAUAUAACGGUAAAUAAUAAUAGUCGCCUUGUGUUCCAAGCCAAAACUCGUUUGAACAAGCGGACAUCAGUGCAACGUCAAAUGGAAGUAGUUGCUGACCUCAUACAAUUGCUUCUACCUGGUUGCAGUCACGUAAGAAAGAUCCUUCAAGCCAGAGUGCCUAUAGUCAAAUUUAAUCAAGAUUUAACAUUUAUCGAAUGUGAUCUAUCCACAGAUAACACAGCAGCAAUUUACAUGUCGGAGCUUCUAUACUUGCUAGGUUAUAUUGACUGGCGUGUGCGGCCACUUGUAUUCACUGUUCGGUGGUGGGCUAAAGAAGUCAUGCUCACUAACUCUCCACAUCCUGGCCACUGGAUCACAAAUUUUUCUUUGACCCUUUUAGUGAUUUUUUUUCUUCAAAGAGAAAACAUUUUACCAUCUUUAGAUUUUUUGAUGAAAACUGCUGGUCCUGAAGAUGAUCGUGUAACGGAAGAUGGGAUUAACUGCACUUUCCUUAGAGACUUAUCAAAAUUACCUCAGCCUGAACAAAAAAACUCAAAAUCUCUGGCAGAGCUUCUCUUGAGGUUUUUUGAAUUCUAUUCUACCUUUGACUUCGCAACUAAAGCUGUUUCCAUCAAUUUAGGCACUACCAUCAAUAAACCAGAGCCAGUUGCACCAAUGUUCAUAAUUAAUCCCUUGGAAAGAUUAUUAAAUGUUACUAAAAAUAUGAAUUUUGAAGAGACAGCAAGGUUAAGGAUAGAAGCUAAGAAUGCCUUAUCGGAAUUUUCUGUAAAUGCCGUCCAUGAAACAUUCAACGAUAAAAAGAAUUGGGGUUUAGCAGAUUUAACGCGCAAUCAGAAAAAACCUCCCAGUGAGCAAUAUUUUUCCGGUCUUCUGAAAACCCCUCUUAAAAAUGGGAAACGGUUAGUAAGGGUAGAGGAACUUUUCAAUAACACUGUUGAAAAUGAAGUGAAUGGUCAUAUAACACUAAAAAGCCCCUCUAGUGAGACCUCAGGCACAUUCAAUUCAGAAAUUACUAGUGAAAGUGAAGACUCAUCAAACUCUAAGAUCUCUGAUACUGAAAGUGCAAGCUCAAUAGAUACCGAAAAUCAAGAUCCAAAUUCUGUUGUUAUCAGUGAUAAUGCAUCCCAAUCAAAGAAAAUACUACUACCCAGAAGGGCAACGCAGUUGAAAAAAAAGAAGAAGUUAAAUUGAUAGAAAAGAAACUGGUAUUUCUCGACGAUGGUAUGUCCUCAACAGAAAUAAAGAGAGACCCUUCACUAGCCUCUUGGUGACAUGUGAAUUCUUUCACUUUUAGGGAUGCAACACUUUCUUAUGGACAAUUAUAUGAGAGCAACAGUCAUCUUACCUUCUAGGUGGAUGAUGAGCUUCGGUUGAAGUUAUGAGCCACAAGUUUACCAAACUUCGGUUCGUUCGUAAAUGAAAUACUAAACCCAUUGUUGAGCAUCCACCCAGUAGAUAGGUCAACAGUUGAAUGUUAAAGUCCUGAAAUUAAAACCUUCCACCAUUGCCAAGAUACCAAUUGAGGGUUUUUCUUUCUCUCUGGUUCUCCACUAGUGUCUCAAAUUUCUUCCACAGCAAAUUUUGGCCUGUCAUUUAAUCAAAAAUCAGUUUUCGUCAUGUAUUGUUGAUAACAUGCAUUUAAGGCCUUCCAUGCGAACUGUGACAUUCUCCGUUAAGGUUUUGAAGGAUGCUGAACGAAAGAACGUUUCGAUGAAAGAAGUGUUAAUUAUGGCACUAGAAAUGAAAUGAAAAUAAACGAAGUUAAAAAAAUUUUGUAUCGCUCAUUCCCACCUACCCUUUUACUACUGUGUUAAACUCCAUCAAAUUAUCUUUAAAAAAGUGCAAAUUACUUAUUUUCAGAGUAUCAAGCAAGUUCUGACAGACUUGUAAUUAUUGUGAUUUGAAAAAGCCUUUCAAGGAUGGACCAAAUGUAACAGAAAUGCACCAAGUCGCAUUUUAGAAAAGUAAUACCAUGGAGUAAUUAUGGUUUUACUUAGUCAGAAAUUUUCUUCUGUCUGAAAUUUUAAGUUAACAAAAAUAUUUUGAACAUAAAAUUUGUCAUUUAACUUUGUCCUAAACAUCUAAUGGAGGAAUAAAACAGGAACCCUUCUUUUCUCA